CCACUGAAGUUAACGACGCAACUUGCGGGAUGCAAGGGUAUGUAAAUGCGUCCAAUGGAUUUCUUUAAACACAUUUAAAAAACCUAUUAACGUGUAAGUAUAACGUGUACUUGGAUAAUUUCAUAAAAUAUUUAGAACAAUACAACUGUUUUGUAAUAAAUUUUAGAAAAAACGUUUUUGGUGGUUUUAUCACAAUAGUUUAGGCGUAAUUACACAGACACCUAGAUACAAAACUUUAGUCUUGAUAGAUUCUAUCUAUAAUCUAUAUCUUUAUAGAUUAUCACCGAUUUCGUUAGUGCCAAUUUUUUUAUUAUUUUUUUUUUUUUUUAUCAAAUCUAAUUUGAUUAGUAUCAGAAAACAUACAUUAACACAGCAUAAACAAUGUAAUAGAAUACACAUGUAUUAGUAAUAUACCCAUUAUAAAAUGGUAAAUUUGUAUUUUAUUAUUAUUAAAAAAAUAUAAUAUUCUAUACAGUGUUACCAACCGUCCUACAUUAGGGAAGAUUAUCCUACAUUUGUCUGAUUCGCCCUACAUCCAACAACACUAAACUCUAUGUAUAUCAAUCCUACAUUUCAAAUGUCAAUAUAUAGACUUAUGUUAUUCCUAGUUUAAGGUCAGUGAAAAAAUUAAGAAGUUCAUUAUUAUAUCUUUUGAUUUUAUUAAAUUAUCGUUUAUCACUUAUAUAGGUACCGUAGCUACUAUAGUAUAAUUUAAGACAAUGAUUAAUUAUAUACUUACCUACUAAGUAUCUAAAAUGAUUACAGAUUUAUUAAAAUUUCUAAUUCUAUUGACUAAGUAGGUAUAUUAUUAUUUAUAUUUAAGAUUUAAUUGUUGUGUGAAAAAUCAAAUUUUAUUGGAAUACAUUAAUACAUAACAAUUGAACAACAAUAAUUGUUAUAUAACAAUUUGCAUAUCUGAUAAAUUGUAAGAAUGUUUGCUGAAUUCUCUUGGUAAAAAGAAUAUUAAAGAUUUGAAAAAAAAAAGGCAUAAAUAAAAUGUUAAAGAUUAGCUAUUUGUUAAAGUCAUACCUAGUAAUAUACUUAUUCUAAUGACUUUAUAUGUUUCAUUACCCAAACUACGUAUGAUAUAAAAUAAGACAUAAACAAAAUUGUCCUGCAUCAUAAAAUUUUAAAGUUGGCAACUCUAAUUCUAGAGCUAUGCACUGUUGAGUCAAGUGUAGUUUGUGCAAUUUAUCUUAACAAUAUUAAUGAGUUUCUAUUUAACUUUGUUCAUACCCAAUUCGUUUAUAUUUGUUUAAAAUAUCUAUAGAUAUAGUGAAUUAACUAAGACAUAGUGAAUUAGGUAAUUGAAUAUCGUAGGUAUUAUCAAUAAUCAAUAUUAAUAUGUUACAAUUGAAAAAGACAAUUUUAUAUGGAAAUGUAUUCAUUUUGUCCUUUAUGUUGUACCUACGCGAUCAAAGCGAACGCCUUUUGAGCGGUUUUUACUAUUGAAUUUUCAAUAGGUGUUCCUUUAGCAUCCUGUGAAAUAACGCCCCUGACGUUAAGUGAAAUUAAAACAAUCAUUCGAGUAAAUUUACAUUCAAUCUAUACGAUAAUAUAAUAGUAGGUGCGUUUUAGUCGCUGUUUAUCUAUUGUAUCAAUUAAAUAGGCAGGCACUUAUUAAAGAAAAUGCAUUUCGGAAUCGAAAUGAUUGGACAGCGCAAUUAUUGCAGUACAGCAUUAAUGUUAUUGUAUGUUCCGAUGACGAUAAUGAACAAUAAUAAUGUAAUUUGUAUGACAUUGCGACGUAAAUGUGUCCAUCUGCACAGGUAUGAACUCUAAAAACAAAAUGCAUAAAAUAAUGUCGUUGGUACCUAGAUGUGAUUAAUAUUAUUUGUUGGUACAAGAUAUUUAUUAUUAGUCGCGAUGCAAACGAAUUUUAUUGGUGACGAGUCUGGUCUGCAAUUAGUGGAUUACACUGUACACUUUAUAUUUUAAUCAGUAAAAUAUUGUAUAAUUGUACCACACAAAAAAUGUUUCUUGGAACAUUUUGAAUGGCUUAACACGGUCACACUGGUAGUAUAAAACGCGUAUUUUGUAUAGAAUCAUGAUUUGGGUACUAACUAUAGUAUUAUUGUACUUCUGGAUUUCUGAUUCGAGUUAAUUGUACGGUUUUUUUUCUUCAAUUAAUCGAUAUUGAUUAAAUCGAUUAAAAAUGUCGAUACAUGUAUUAUUAAUUAUUAUUGUUAUUAAUAUUAUUAUUAUUAAUAAUAGUAACAAUAUUAUUAUUUUCCCCAUCUUGUUAUUUAAUACGAUAAAUUCGUUCCAUAACAAUAAUAAGAAAAAAUGAAUAACUAUUUAUUUCUCAUUCGUCCGGGAUAUUAUAUUAAAUUUUUGUUCAAAAAUUUACUUAAGAAGAUAACGAGAUUUUAAUUUAUGGACCUAAUAAAUUCGUACUUAUUUCACACGGUGUAUACGUAUAUCGAUAUUGUUUUUCGAUAUUAUUUAGUUAUAGAUAUCGUGUGGAAUUCGAUAGUCUUUAGCAUGUCAGUUGUGCAGCUGGCUACUUUAAACAGUGUUAACAGUGUAACCUGUGUAGUCACAUAUUUUUCUACUUUCAUUUUUAUUUUUUUUUUUUCAAAUGAAUUUUUUUGAUUUUAUUAUUUAAAUACAAAUACACUAGAAUUUAGGUAUUUAAAACACGUCGGAAAAUUCCACAUUAAGCUUUGUAAAAAUAGUUACCUACCAAAUAUAAAUUUUCAAUCUGCAACAUUUAAAAUAAUAAUUCAUGUAAGUGAAUAAUAUAUGUAGGGAUUUAUUAAUAUUAUUAUUAUAAUUUAUUUAUUUUUUUAAUAAUUGUAUUGUAACAAAUUAUAAUUUAUUGAUCAGUGUUAUUAAUUUUCGGAUUGUAUUUAUAUAAUAUAGAAUUCUAGUUAUUUAACUAUUUUUUUGACAGUUACUUGCCUCAUUUUUUUUAAAUUUCGAAAUUAAAAAUUCAACUAAUAAUUUAUUAUAUUAAAUACUAAAGUUAUGUAAAUUUACUUGUUCAUUUAAUUUUGAUAAACUUAUUAUAAAAUGUAGAGAUGGUAUACUAAGUAAAUCUUAAUUAAAAAAUAGAUCAUAAAAUAAGUAAAAAGUAUAUAUAAAUUUAUAAUGUUGAAUUUAUAAAAUUGUAGAUUUUAUUUUCUAUCAAAUAAUUUUAAAAAAAAUGAUUUUAAUUAAAACAAAUUAAAUGAAUAGGUACUUAAACUAGUUUAAAAUUUAUAAUUCUCUAUCUAAAAUUAUAUAGUCAUUAAAUUAUUAGGUACAUUAGAUAGCUAUUGUCUAUUUGGUUAUUUGAAAACAUUUUGGUUUGUCUUUGGAAAAACUGAAUUGUAAUACACUAUUAUUUUUUUGAAAACAAUAUUAUUAAUUAUAAUAUGGUUUUAAUAUUGUUGUUUAUGCUUAAAUUCCUGAAUAAUAUAAUACAAAUCAAAUUCUAAUAAAUAAUAUGUUUGUAUAUAUUUUUAGUUUUAAAAUGACUGAAGAAUAUAUGAAGAAAAUUCCAUUUUUCAAGCUCUUAAAUCUUCAGGCUAUUAAUAGUCUUGAUUCUGAUUCAAUUGAGGUAAUCAUAAUUAUUUUUUUUCAUUUAAUCGAUUCACUAACCCUACAUUCAGUGUAAUAUAAAAAUGAUAGAAAUACAUUGAUUUGCUAUAAAUUAUUGUAUUGUACAGAUUAAUUUAUUGAUUAAGGUUUGUGUAGAAUAAAAUAUUAAAAAUUAAUAUACUAUAUAAUAUAAAGAAGUGUUUGUGUGCAAUCCAAAGCCAAAUCUACCUCAUACAGUUAAUUUUGAAGUGAAUAAACCUGUAUGCACCUCAAUCAGAUGAAAUACUCAUGGGAACAUAAUUGAAAAUUUCUUUUAUUGAUUUAAAUUUUUAAAAAUUCUUUUUUUAAAUAAUAAAAAAAGAAGGACAAUUAAAUUUGCAUGGUGAAAAUUAGGUGGGACAGCUAGUUUAAAUGAUGUGCCUAGUAUAGGGUUGCCAUACACCCCCAGAAAACCAGGACUGUCGCCCGUUUUUGACUUGGUAUACUGGUGUCCUGAAAAUAAUUGUCUGUACAUCAAUAUGUCCCAGUUUUGAGAAAAAUUAAUGUUAUUAUUAUUUAAUUUCAACAGAUUUUGAAUAAUAUAUAAUUAAUUAAGAGAUAUCGAUAUAAUUUUUAACGAAUACGGAAUAAAACAAUGAUGACAAAACCUUAUAUAGUACCAAAUACUUACUUAUUAGUUAUCACUUGUAUGUUUUAUAACAGUCUUUUUAAUGAUUAAAAAAAAAGAAAUGUGUUAUUUUAUAAUAAAUUAUCUAUAAAAAUAAAUACAAUUUUUGUUGUAUUGUUUUAGUUUAUAAAAUAAUAAGUCGGUUUUUUUUAAAAUACAUUUAAAUUAUAUGUAUAUAGAUAUAAGUAUCUAUGAUUUAAUCAUAUUUUUAGUCUAAUUUUAUUUGCUAUUUUUCUAUUCGACCCAGAUUUACUUUAUGAAAUUAUGGAAAUCUAAACCUAUUACCAAGUAUAAUUUAACUUGAGUAUACAUUUUAUAAAUUGAAAAAUAUUGUAUAGUAUAAAUUAUUACAAAAUAUUUGUUCAAACAAAUUAUAAAUUUAACAUUAAAAUAAUUAUCUAUUAGUUACUUAUGUUCUAGUUUAAAUUUUAAUGAUACCUACUUUUAUAGAUAACUGAUACAUUAUGUAUUGUUUUAACAUUUACCUACCUAUAAUUUAUAUAUUUAUCUAGGAGAUAAAUCAUUAAAUUAUAUAAUAGUCCAUACAUGAUGGGUUAUAAGUUAUAACUCAUAUUUAAAAUGUUUUGUGUUAAAUCCAAAUGCUGCAAAUCUUCAUGGCAAAAACUUUUUUAUCAACAAACUUUAAUUAAACUAAAUAGUUUAACCAAAGUUUUAUUUUAUUAUUAAAAUUGAAACAAUAAUUUAUUAUGUAUGAAAACUGUGCAUUGACUCAGGCUUAAAUUAAAUUAAAUGAUUAAAGAUAAACUGACAAUAAUUCAUUGUAUAUCAAUCCCACUCUGUCUGAUAAAAGUUAACUUGCUGCAACAACUAAUACAAACUUGAUGAACAUUUACUAUUUAGGAAACUGGAUGUACUAUGAGAAACAAGUCGUAAUAAUUACAAAGAAUAAAUUAUAAAUAUAUGGAAAAAUAUGUGUUUUAUUGGUUAUACUAACACACAACAUAACAAAAUUGCAUUACUUAGAAUAUAAAUUGUAGUGUUUACAUUGAAAUUAAAGUUUAAUUAUAAAUAACAAAAUUUAAAGAAGAGUAUAUUUUUAAGCUAUGUGAAUAUAUAUAUAAUAUAAAUUAAUAAUUAUUAAUGACAAAUUACAAAUUUUAACGUCUACAAAAAUGUUUUUUUUAUUUCUUACAUAAAAAUAAAAUCCAUAUUUUAGAAUAAUUGUACCAGUUUUUUUUUUUUUUUGUACCACUUAAUUCAGCGUAUCAUAGACCUGUGACCUGCAAGUCCAAAUUUGAUACUAGUGUAAAGAACUUAUUGUAAAACUGUGUGUGAACUACUGUAGAACUAUGGCAGAAUUUUUAUCAAAAAUAUACCUUAAUUUUUAUACCAAUACUUUUAAAAUUCAAAGUUUUUCUGCUUUAACUUCUUUGUUAACUUAAAAUUAUAUAGAUGACAAUGCAGGGUGGAAUAUUUGAUAGAAUAAUGCGAAUAAACAGUUGCAGUAUUUUCUGUAAUAUUAUGUUGAACAGUGUGCUAUAUUAUGGUUUUAUAAAUAAAUGUAUUGGUAUUAUUGUUUUUAUUUUUUUUUUUUUUUUUUUUUUUUUUUUUAUUUUUUUUGUGUAAAGAACAUUUAUACCAAAAAUCUUGCUCCAAUCAAAAACUUUAUAGAGCCUUUCUUGUAGCAUUUUUAAUUUAGUUGUUGGAUUGUGGUCUUUUUUUGAUUAUUUUUAUAGUCUAAAUAGAUUGGCUUAUGUUGAUUGUUGAUAUAUUGGUAAUCUUGGUAACAAGAGAAACAAUGCGAUUAAUAAUACUCUUCUCAAAAACUUUUUAUCGUUAGCAACAGUUCCACCCUUCCAAUUUAAUUGCUAUAACAGUGGAACACCCAUCAGCGUUAACUUUUUAUUAUUAUUAUUUUAUUUAUAUUAAAUGAAAUUAAUAUUUUGUUUUGUUUUUUUAUGUAGAUUUCAGAAAAAUAUAAACCUAUUCCAUACAGCCAAUAUACAAAUCUCUUCGAAAAAAACAAUAGUAUAAAAACUGGAUAUGAAAAUUUUUGUAUACAAAAAGGAACUUUAAAGCUUUUGCCAUUUAAAGACUUUGAUUUUAUUGGUAAACAUGUUGUUUGUCAAAAAUGUUGCCAAAAAUUUGCUUCCAAAAUGUCAUAUAGGGCACAUGUUGGCACUGAUAUUUGUAUUAAAACCUUUAAUGGACCUAAUCUUAUAUAUCUAAAAUAUAAAAAUAGAAAUUGUAAACAAACCCGAAAAACAAAUAAAAAAGCCAAAUUUAUGGAUGAUUUAAAUAGUCAUGACAAAAAAAAUAUAUUAAAUCCUGAAAUGUUGAACACUUUGCAGACUCGUAAUAAUUGUUAUUCAGAUAAUAUAAUUAAUCAACGUAAUAAAAUUAAAGAAAAACAAAUAAAUAGUACUGAUAAAAAAUAUGACCCCUCUGCCACUAAACCAAGAGGAAGACCUAAAAAGAUCAUUGAUGGUGAGCCAAAAAAACGAGGCAGACCUAAAAAGUUUAAUGCUGUAACAGGUAGCGGUUCAAGUCAGAGUGAUAAUAGCAUUGAUAAUAAUCUUGAAAAUGAUUUAACUGAAGUAAAAACACCAACAAUAAUUACUGUUGGUGAUACAUACAAUGUUAAUGUAACUGAAACACAAGAAUUGCAGUAUGUAAUGGACAUUCUCACUGAUAGAUUUUGGAAACUCAUGGGUGCUGUAUGGAAACCUGAUACAGAUAUUAUAGGAACAAUAUAUAAAAUCCCUAAUGGACAUCAUAAUGAAACACAGAAUAUAAAAGAAGAAUUUUCAACUGAUUUAUUAGUUAAUGAAAAAGAAAUUAUUCCUCAACUAGAAUCAUUAGAAAACGAUAUAAGAUUGCUUUCUAAUCGAUUCGAGGAAAUAAAUGAAUUUUCCAAUGAAGAAGAGUUAGAGUCAAUGUUAUCCAAACUCACUGAAAUUCGCAAUGAAUAUAAAGAACAAAAACUAAAAAAAACUGUAGGUAUAAACAAUGUGUCAACAACUGAUAAAGGAAAAGAAAAUAUAGAAUGUGCAAUAAAAAAUAAUGAAGACGAUACUGAGAUAAGUAAAAAUAAAAAUGAAAAGGGUAUAUGGUUAAAUAAUGAUAAUAGAGGUAAUAUUUCUUCCUCUACUAUUACUGUGAUAUUAAAUAGUUCCAAUAUUAAUGAUGAAUCUAUGGAAUGUAUAGAUAUAAAAGAAAUUAAAUCAGAACCAACAAGUAAGGAUAAUUUUGAAGAUAUUAUAGAAACCAUAACAGAGGAUGUAACUUCAAAUUCAAAUAAUUCAGUUAUUAAUAAUUUCAAUGUUACAGAUUAUCAGUUGAUCUCAGUUCGCGAGUUGGCUUGUAGAUAUUGCGGUAAAAAUUUUGCAUCCAUUGCUGAAUGGAAAAUGCAUAAUUCUGAACAUUUGACUAAUUUUAUACCUAGAAAAAAAUAUUUAUGUAAAAUUUGUGGUCAUAAGUUUAAAGUCCGUAAAAACUUUAUGAAACAUCUCAAUGUGCAUGCAAAGUUGGAUAGAACAGAUACUAAAAUUCAUUAUAAAAGCUUAAAAUGUGGAGUAUGUCAUAAACAGUAUAAUUAUCUGUGUUCAUAUUUUGCCCAUAUGAAAACACAUAAUAAAUAAUAUUUUUUUUUAUUUAUUUUGUCAGUACUAUUUCUAAAUCAAUUAGAAAUUGUUUACCAUGUUAUUUUUGUACAAUUUUGUUAUUGAAUCAAAGGUUCAUACUUUUGAAUGCAGCAUUGUUUUAGUGUGUGUGUGUGUAUAUAUAUAUAUUACAAAUUAUUUUCGAAAAAAAACAUUGUAUAUCUUUUUUAUUAUAUAUUUUGAUUACAACCACAUUGAUUUUGAAAAUCAAAAAAAAAAAACAAUUGAACAAUAACAAAAAUAUUGCAUACAUUAUUGGAAAUUUAAAUUAAGAUUUGUUUUUAUUUGUACCUACUCAAAUUUAAAAAUGUAUUAUUAGUUAUAAUUGUCAAUCAAUAAAUAAAAAUAAAUCAUUGAUUAUAUGAAUAUAUUUUGUGUAUGUAUAAGUUCAUAAAUACUUGUAUACUCUAUUCACUUUAAGAACUAUGGUGGCUAUAUAGUGGCUAUGUUUUACACAUAUGGGGUAGUAUGAAAACACAUGGCUGCUGAAUAUUGUUCUUAAAGUUAAUAGAGUAUAUAUUAUAUAUGUGGUACAACUGAAUUAGGUACCUACUUAAUUAUACAAACUAUGUUGAACAGUUUAACAACUGUUUCAAUUCAAUAUUUAUAGUUUUUACUUGUAUUCAUUAUAAAAAAAAAAUAUAUAUAUAAUUUAGAUUAUAAAAAUGAAAACUCAAUAGAGAAUAUAUUUUCAAAUAUGUGUU